AUGUCUAUCGAUCAUUUUAGUUUUAAUUCAAAUGAUUAUCAUAAAACAGUAUCAUUUUAUGAAGCUGUUUUGGCUACAUUGGGUAAUAAGAAAAUAAUAACAAUUGAAGGUGACAAAGCAGUCGGUUUUGGUCAACGAUUUCCAACAUUUUGGAUUGGUAAUAGAGGUGAUUCAAAUGAAGAAAAAUGUCACGUUGGAAUUCAUAUUGGAUUUGCAGCCAAAACUCGCCGUCAAGUUGAUGAUUUUUAUCAAACUGCAUUAAAACAUGGUGCAAAAGAUAAUGGACCACCUGGAUUUCGUCCACUAUAUCAUCGAUUUUACUAUGCAGCUUUUGUAAUUGAUCCUCAUGGAAAUAAUAUUGAAGCUGUUAAUCAUUUCGAUUGGAGAGCAUUUGGUGGUUGUAGAACAAUAAUAUUAACAUGCUCAAUUCUUUGUAUUGGUAUUGGUUUAUUGAUAAAAAAGUUCUUUUAA